AUGAAUGGACGGGCACCUAAAGCAAUCAUAAUAGACCAAGAUCGGGCAAUGAAGAAUGCUAUUGCCAUUGUUUUCCCGAACAGCCGCCAUAGAUAUUGUAUGUGGCAUAUCAUGCGAAAACUGCCCGAGAAAUUGGGAUCACAUGCGGCAUACGAUACAGGAUUGAAGACUGCUAUUCAGAGUGUACUCUAUGAUACACAGAGUGCCGAAGAAUUUGAGGAGAAGUGGGGGCAAUUACUUCAUAAGUAUAACCUUACUGAUAAUGUAUGGUUGCAGGGUUUGUAUAACGAGAGGUCAUUUUGGGUACCAGUUUACUUGAAGGAUGUAUUCUGGGCUGGUAUGAGCACUACACAACGGUCUAAGAGCAUGAACGCAUUUUUUUACGGGUAUGUGCAUUCCGGCACGACACUAAAGGAAUUUGUCGAUCAGUUUGAUAAUGCUUUAAGGAAGAAAGUAGAAGUGGAGACGACUGCUGAUUUCCAUUAUUGCAACCAAACGAUACCAUGUGCAUCCGCAUUUAAGAUUGAGAAGCAGUUUCAAUCAUUGUACACGAAUGCAAAAUUUAAAGAGGUUCAACGAGAGGUUUGGGGGAUGAUUAUGUGUAACCCUACACUCGUCAGUACACAAGGUUGCAUUUCCACAUUUGAUGUUUUUGAAGAAAUUUCCACAUCUGAUGAACAUGUAAAAAUUGUCAAGUUUUCAGUUUAUUAUAAUGAAGAGGAGUGCGAAGUUAAAUGCACAUGUGCCCUAUUUGAGAUGAGGGGGAUUGUCUGUAGGUAUGCAUUUAGAGUUUGUCAGAUGAAGUAUAUCCAUGAGUUGCCAGAGAAAUAUGUAUUGAAUCGAUGA